UCGCCCCCCCCGCCCCGCGCCGCCCGGGCCAUUUUGCGGCGCGAUGAGGCGGGAGCGGCGGUGAGCAGCGCCUGUCCCGCCCGCUCCGCUCGCACCGCCGGGCACGGCCCUUCCCGGGGCGAGCAGGCACAGCCAGGGCAUCAGCGGCACCGGAGCGCCCCCCGCCCGCCCCUCAGCGCCGGCGGAGCCAUGAGCUGGGGCACGGAGCUGUGGGACCAGUUUGACAACUUAGAAAAACACACUCAGUGGGGUAUUGAUGUUCUGGAAAAGUACAUCAAGUUUGUAAAAGAAAGAACAGAGAUUGAACUCAGCUAUGCAAAGCAGCUUAGGAAUCUUUCAAAGAAAUACCAACCCAAGAAGAACUCCAAAGAGGAGGAAGAAUACAGGUACACAUCAACUAGAGCCUUCCUAGCCACUUUAAAUGAGAUGAAUGACUAUGCUGGGCAGCAUGAGGUGAUCUCAGAGAACAUGACCUCUCUGAUCACUGCCGAGUUAACGCGCUACGUGCAGGAGCUGAAACAGGAGAGGAAAUCGCACUUCCAUGAUGGCAGAAAGGCACAACAACACAUUGAAACUUGCUGGAAACAACUUGAAGCAAGUAAAAGGAGAUUUGAACGUGAUUGCAAAGAAGCUGACCGAGCACAGCAGUAUUUUGAGAAAAUGGAUGCUGACAUCAAUGUGACAAAAGCAGAUGUUGAAAAGGCAAGACAGCAAGCCCAGCUAAGACAUCAGAUGGCAGAAGACAGCAAAGCUGAAUAUUCUUCCACCCUACAGAAGUUCAACAGUGAGCAGCAUGAGCAUUACUACACACACAUACCAAACAUCUUCCAGAAAAUACAAGAGAUGGAGGAAAGAAGAAUCGUGAGGAUAGGGGAAUCCAUGAAAACCUUUGCAGAAGUCGACCGCCAAGUGAUCCCCAUCAUUGGGAAGUGUCUGGAUGAGAUAACAAAGGCUGCAGAAUCAGUGGAUCACAAGAAUGAUUCCCAGAUGGUAAUAGAAGCCUUCAAAUCAGGGUUUGAGCCUCCGGGAGACGUCGACUUUGAGGAUUUCACACAGCCCAUGAAGAGAACAGUGUCUGAAUCCAGCCUUUCCAACUCCAGAGGGGAUGGGAAGUCAGAACCCAAGUUUGGCAGCAAAUCCAAGGGCAAGUUGUGGCCAUUCAUCAAGAAAAAUAAGAUAAUAGAAACGCUACUGGGCACUAAGCUUAUGUCCCUUUUAACAUCCCCCCAUCAGCCCCCUCCUCCUCCCCCUGCCUCUGCCUCACCCUCUGCUGUUCCCAACGGCCCCCAGUCUCCCAAGCAGCAAAAGGAACCCCUCUCCCAUCGCUUCAACGAGUUCAUGACCUCCAAACCCAAAAUCCACUGCUUCAGGAGCCUAAAGCGCGGGCAGACACAGUCUUUGUAUAUUCACAAAGAACUCAUGAAGAGGACUUUAGGGACACCCACGUGUGCCGUUGAGGCUAGGGAAUAUGUUCUUUCUCUCAAGCUGAUAAAUCUGAAUACACAGGUCUGGAGUCUAAUAGAGGGAGCAGGCCCAGAAGACUUCAGCAAUCUCCCACCUGAGCAAAGAAGGAAGAAGCUUCAGCAGAAGGUCGAUGAACUGAACAGGGACAUUCAGAAGGAGAUGGAUUCAAGAGAUGCCUUAACAAAGAUGAAAGAUGUGUACAUCAAGAACCCCCAGAUGGGAGAUGCAGCGAGCGUGGACCACAGAUUGGCAGAGCUGGGGCAGAACAUUGAAAAGCUGCGGUUAGAAGUGCAGAAAUUCGAGGGCUGGCUGGCGGAGGUGGAGGGGCGGCUGCCGGCGCGGAGCGAGCAGCCCCGGCGCCAGAGCGGGGUCUACGAGGCACAGAACGCAUCGGGAGUGAACAGCUGUGCCCAGGACAGGGAGAGCAGCCCCGAUGGCAGUUACACAGAAGAGCAAAGCCAGGAGACUGAGAUGAAAGUACCUGCAACAGACUUUGAUGAUGAGUUUGAUGAUGAAGAACCACUACCCACCAUAGGAACGUGUAAAGCUCUCUAUACAUUUGAAGGUCAGAAUGAAGGAACAAUCUCUGUAGCAGAAGGAGAGAUGCUCUAUGUCAUAGAAGAAGACAAAGGGGACGGGUGGACGCGGAUCCGAAGGAACGAAGAUGAGGAGGGCUAUGUCCCCACGUCCUAUGUUGAAGUCUAUUUGGACAAAAAUGCCAAAGAUGUGCACAAACCACUUCAGAAAAUCUCUGAGUAGGUUUGCAUAGGCCUGUCCACCCUUUAUUCUCCUGGUUUGCUGCUACGGUUGUUUUAAGAGCUCUGUUUGAGAAGGUUUUCUUUAGAAGAGAUGAAUGCACAUGUCACAUCUCCAUCACUGAAAGACUUUGUUAGGUACCAGGCUGGCUCUGAAAUGAAGGUGCUGCCCUGACUGUGUCCAUUUAGUGCAAACAGCACUGUUGUCCUUCUGAAUAGAAGGGAGAGCUGCAGGCUCUGCUCCCCUGGGAUUCCUGCAGGAGGCUGCUCUGUGCACACCUGGGUGUAGCAUCUUGCAGGGCUUUUCUGUACCUGUCUGGUGUCUGGUGCUGAGAACUCAAACACAGGAACUGGUUGGGCCUUUGAGCUCGAGACUGACCCCCUGUGUCACUGACCAUGGUACCUCAUCAUCUGCUUGGCAACAAAACUCUUUCACUGAGGGAUCUUGUGAAAUCCUGUGACACAAAAAAUCCUGCAUGGAGUGCCCAGCUCUGUGCAAACCCUGCACUGUGCUGUUCCCUUCCAGCCACACCAGGCUGUUUGUGUGGGUGACAUGCAGGAAUGGAGGUUGAACUUCUUAUAAAACCUAUUUUGGAGCUGUGGGCUGAUGAGCAUUUUGGCUCCUGUUCCUCCUUAUCUCUGAUGAUAUCAGUGAUUCCUUCUGGGCAGCUCUGGCAUUCCCAGUGCUGCAGCUCUGCUCUUUGCUGUAACCAUCAUGCAGAGCUUUGACUUAUAUAAGUAAAUAGGUAAAAGUUAACCACGCUGAUGCACUUUUUAUCUAGGAUAUAUCUGAUUAUUUAAUGCUUGCCAAAUUAUUUAGGAAUUGGUAAUUAUAAACUGGACUGUGGCUUUUAAAAAUCCUUUUGUUAAAUACGUGCCCUUAGUUCUCCCAGUAUAUAUAAAAAAAUUGUAUAUAACAUAACUUAAAGACUAAAGUUACUUGAAUUUGAAUUGUUUUUAUCCUUUUAUAUGUGUAUAAAUAUAAAUGGUUUUAUAGGCUGUUCUUCUGCUUAACCCAGCUGUUUUGGUAACUGCUCAGUCCCUCUGAUGUUGAUAAGUGUUUUUGGUUACUCAGCUGCCUGCACCUGGACUUGCACAGGAGCUGCUGUUGUGUGUUAAGGUUUGUUCAAUCUGGCCAGUGUGGUUGUCUUGUUUCUAUUCUUAUUUUUUAAAGAAUCAUCAUCUGUCAGGAAUCUCUUUAUAGCUUGAUGUACCAUGGUGUCUUCUUCUAAUAAACAUUAUAUUUUCUCAUUCCUGUGAGGUUUUGGUUUUUGAGUUUUUUUAAUGACAGUAACUAGUAGAUGGCAAUGAUUAGUGACAAAAAAUAGUGGCUCCUAAGGAACAGCAAAUAGCCCAGAGCUGCUUCUCAUUCUAAGCACAAAUGCAAUUCUUCUCAAGAAAAAUGUUUUAUUGUGGCUCUUUGGAAACUUCUUUGUGCUGUCAUUUGGAAGGAUUUGAUGGAAGUGGGUGCAAAGGGGGUGAGAAGGUUCCCCUGGUUUCUCAAAUGCAAAGGAAGUUUGGACUCAUCCUGUAUUCCCUUGGAUACAGCAGUUUGGGCCAAAUCACGUCCUGGAUUGUGGCUUCACUUGGCCAGAGGCAAAACUUGUCCUCAGCCCCCAUUCUGUGGGAACAGGCAUGGCCAGAGGAGGCUUUGGAGGCUUGGGCUGCUUCUGACCUGCACUUUCCUGGCUUCUCUGGAGAGGGAAAGGCCUCUGCAGCCUGUGGAGGAAAGGAAAGCUCUGCAUCCCUCUGCAAAUUCUUUGAUUUAAUUUCCUGUUGUUGUUCAGUGUCACUGAUGGUCUCUGGAGCUGUCACUUGAACAGAUGCACUUCUGCUUUGCUGACAGAAAAUGGAAAAGCUGUUUGUUUUGUCAGUGGCACGAAGCAGGUGCUGGCAGGGUCCUGCCCCUGUGCUUUCCUCCCAGAGCACAGCAGAAUCCCAGGGAUGCUCAUCCCAGGCUGCAGGGAAGGGCUGAGGGUGCAGAGUUUCUGAGUCAGGAGCCUUCCCAAGCCCUGUAACCCAGUGGAUGCUUCAUUGCUUUAUUCCUUUAACCUCCUGCAGGCAGAGCUGCUCUUAAGGGACCCCAUUUCCCCCAGCCUCUUUCUAAUCCAGUCUCUU